AUGAGCGUUGGUACGGCUCUCGGGCCAGCGCAAGCACAAGCACAAGCACAGUCACCGUCACCGUCUACGCGGGGCGAUGGCCCCGGGACGAAGACAAUUCCUCAGAAUGAAAUACAUGCCAGCGCAGACAAAGUCGCAGAGUCAAAGACAGAGACAGAGACAGAGACAACGCCAGAGGCAGGGGAAGAAGAAGAUGCAUCCUCAACAAAGCCCUCAUCCUCAUCCUCAUCCUCAUCCUCAGGCUCGCUGCUAGCAUCUCUCUUAUCCCCGUUCAGCUCGCUCCUACAAAGGCCGCCGCCAAAGCCAGCACCACCUGCAGCUCCAGAACCAUGCACUCUGUUGAAUCCCACUGCAAAGCCAAAGCAAGAGCAAGAUACGCAAAGAAGCCCGAAUAUACAAGGUCCCUCUUCACCACCUACGGACCCAAAAUCACCUCCAACAAAGCAGACCAGCAUCCAAGAACAAGAAACCACCCCCAACGAACCACCAGAAGCCUACUACGCACCCGCAGACACCCCGACCUUCAAAGCUCUCCAGAAAAAGCGACUGAGCGGCAUCCGCACGAAGCAACUCCUGCGCGCGGCGUCCCGCGCGCACGACGAUCCCCCGCCCCCGCCGGAGCUUGGGACGUGCUGUGGAAGCUCGUGUGACCCCUGCGUGAACGAUUUGUGGAAGGAGGAGAGGGAGGUCUGGCGGGAGCGGUGGGGUGAUAGGAGGGUUGAAGGGGGGGGGAGGAAGGAGUUGGAGUGGUGA